AUGAGUACAAAUGUUUCACUUUACAUAUUUUGCACUAGUAUAAUCCAGCUAAAGAAGGAUCGAAUAUCCGAUCCGCCACUUCGCCGUCGACGUGUAGCAAAAAAGACAACAAUUAGUAAAGGUCCUUCAUCAAAUAUUAUCAAUCAAAAUCCAGUAGUUCAUCAACGUACAUGUAUUUCAACAAAUGAUAAAACUUUCGAUGAACUGAAUCAUUAUACACCAUCAUUACGACAACAAUCUCAAUCAAUAAUACCGAUAAACAAUAAUGAAGAAAUUGGUCUUAGUCGAAUAUCUGAUCGACCAUUAUUACCAACAUCUAGUAAUCCUGAGCCAGUUAUGAAUGAAUUAAUUCGAGAAGCAGCUAAUUUGUAUAUGCAUGACUAUCCACAAUUAACUCAUGGUGUAGAAUAUAAAAAAAUUGGUAUUGCACUUAUUACAGAAUUCCUUGUUUGGCAUGUGAAGAUACAAUAA